AUGGAAGACACUAUGAAUACCGAAAAGGAGUUGAGACCCAGCCCAGAUAUCGUCUCCCCUGAAGACCAAUCGCCUGCACCGGUGCCUUUGUCUGAGGCAAACCAAAGCACAACAAGAAAUUGGAGAUUUUGGGCUGUCUUUCCACCGCUAUGUAUUGUCUCCUGGCUAGCCGCCCUCGAGGCUACAGCUGUAUCGACUGCGUUACCCUCCAUUACAAAGGAGCUUGAUGCAGGAGAUUUGUAUAUUUGGUUUGUAAAUGGUUACUUUUUAACUCUAACUGCAUUCCAGCCUCUUUAUGGACAGUUGGCUCAAGUCUGGGGUCGUCGAUGGCUGAUGAUCGGAGCAGUAGCCAUAUUCGCUCUGGGAAGUGGACUUAGCGGAGGCGCAAGCUCUGCUAUAAUGCUCCUAGUUGGACGAGUGAUUCAAGGCAUUGGAGGUGCAGGUCUCACGCUCAUGACAGGAAUGAUUGUCAGCGAUAUCGUUCCUGUUCGAGAGCGAGGGAAAUACAUGUCUAUUGUUUUCUGCUCGUUCUCAGUUGGCACGGGUUUGGGACCUUUUGUCGGUGGUGCCUUGGUGGAACGUGCUACUUGGAGAUGGGUGUUUUAUAUCAACCUGCCUAUCUGCGGUGCGGCAUUAAUUAUGCUAUAUCUGUUUCUCCAAGUGCAUCGCCCCAAGACUUGGACGGCGAAAGAAAAGCUGGUGCGGAUCGACUUCGUCGGAAACGCACUACUAGUAGCCUCUUGUUGCUCGAUUCUGAUCGCUCUGUCUUGGGGAGGUGCCCGCUAUGCUUGGUCUACAUACCACGUUUUGGUGCCACUACUCCUUGGCUUUGCAGGCACUGGUGUAUUCCAUUGGUAUGAGUCUACAAGCUUCUGCAAGGAACCUACCAUUCCCUCGCGCAUGCUGACGACUAGCCGUACCACUACAAUUGUUAUGAUUCUAUCAUUCUGCCAAUUCAUGCUUUCCUUCUGGUCCGUCUACUUCUUUCCCGUCUAUUUCCAGGGGGUAUUGCUCGUCUCGCCUGAAAGAAGCGGUGUAUUGCUGCUCCCAACCGCAGUUACAAGCCCUCCCUUGGCCAUAAUCGCGGGCAAUCUCCUCUCACGAACCGGGCGUUACAAGCCUCUCCAUAUUGCAGCUAUGGGCCUAUUCACACUGGGUCUUGGACUCUGCAUCAAGCUCGACUCGAAUUCUGGACUAGGCGAGUAUAUCGUUUUCCAGCUCAUAAUCGCCGUGGGUAAUGGACUCCUAAUGUCAACUCUGUUGCCCGCUGCACAGGCCGACCUUCCCGAGAAGGAUGUCGCCGUCGCAACAGCUACGUGGGGAUUUCUUCGUUCCUACGGAGGGAUCUGGGGAGUUGCCAUUCCAGGAGCCAUAUUCAACUCGCAGUUUCAACAUUUCCUUCAUCAACGCGUGACCGAUCCCACCAUCUUGGCCCAACUAGGUCAGGGAUCUGCAUAUGCCUCGGUCUCGGGGACAUACGUACGUGGCCUCUCAGGUACGAUUCGCCAGGAGGUGAUCAGCGUCUACGGAGACGCUCUUCAAGUAGUGUGGAUUGUGGCGACAGCAUUUGCCGGCGCAACAUUGUGCCUGGUGCUUUUCGAAAAAGAAAUUCCUUUGCGCACUACUGUAAAUUCAGAUUAUGGACUCAAGGAAAAGAAGAAAAGUGAUACCUCUCGCGAAGAAGAGGGUGGGGAGGGUAAUGGAAGCAAUGGUAAAUAA